UUUUACAUGAGACUAUUACCCCCGGAGGGAACUGGUUUACUUAUCUAAGGUUAUCUGCCACCCGCCCCGCUUAUCGCUUAUCGCGAGAUCAUAUCCAGGUUAUCUUGCGUCGAAAUCAGUAGUGAGAUCCGAUGUAUCUGUCUUUAUCUAGUAAAUAAGUACCAGACAGUCUGCGUGAUCUCGUGGAAUCAGAAAGUCGAUCUUCUAGACAACUCUUCGUGAAUACCUGACGACUAGUUAAGUACAUCUGGUUGGGACGACCCCGCUUCACAUUGCUGAGGCCAUUCAUUAAGUAAUGCCCGUGGGGAUCGCUGGGAUCAUCAACAUAAUCACCACCCCUAAGAUACUGUCUAUUCUUUGAAAUUACAUCACAAUGUCCGAUCUCCCUCACAUCUCCAACUGGAUUGACGGUUCUCAGGCGCCUCCCACGUCCGAACGAGUAACGGUCCUCAAUCCAGCGACAGAAGCUCCCAUCGCCACUAUCGACGCAACACCUCAAGAGACCGUCAAUGAGAUCGUGCUAUCAUCACUCAACGUAUUUCACAAUGGGAAGUGGUCAAAAGCAGACGCCUCAGAGCGCUUCUCUGUGCUCUCCAACGCAGCAGUUCUUCUCCGCUCUCGGAUCCCAGAAUUCGUCGAGCUCGAAACCCUUCAGACGGGGCGUCCUAUCCGUGAGAUGCGUGCUCAGCUGGCCCGAAUACCAGAAUGGUUGGAGUACUUCGCAUCUUUAGCUAGAGUGCACGAAGGACGAGUAACACCAUUCAAAGGCCCUGUGGUCAAUACAUUGACGCGAAUGCCACUUGGAGUCGUCGCGCAGAUCACACCAUGGAAUCAUCCGUUGUUGAUUGCAACGAAGAAAAUCGCAGCUGCACUAGCAGCGGGAAACGUCGUGAUCGUGAAGCCAUCAGAGUUGGCGCCUCUUUCCGUCCUGAGACUCGGUGCACUCUUCAAAGAGGCCGGAUUGCCGGAUGGCACUUUACAGAUCAUCUGCGGUUACGGGCGUGAGACCGGCAAAUAUCUCUGCGAGAAUCCUUACCUAUCGAAGAUCGAUCUCACGGGUGGAUUGGCAACUUACAAGGCCAUUGCGCCCAAUGCUUCAACGAACAUGAUUCCCAUCACGGCAGAGCUUGGUGGCAAGGCACCAGUGUGUUUCUUUCCAAGCGUGAACGUCGAAGAUGCCGUCAGGGCAGCUCUAUUCGCUAGUUUCAUUGCAAGUGGUCAAACAUGCGUUACGGGUAGUAGGCUGCUAGUGCAUAACGACAUGUACGAUGCCUUCGUUGAACUGCUAGUAAAGCGAGUCGAGUCACUCCGAAUCGGCACUCCAACAGACGACCGGACGCAGAUAGGAGCAGUCAUCAACAAAGCAGCCGUGGAGCGAUGUUCAUCCUUCGUCAACCGCGCUGUAGAGGAAGGCGGAACGCUUCUCUGUGGCGGCAAGCCGACUUCCGUCGAUGGAAAAGGGUUUUUCUUUUCACCGACAAUCAUCUCAGUUACUGAGUCUUCCCACUUGGCUUGCAAUGAAGUAUUCGGUCCCGUCAUCGCUAUUAUCCGCUGCUCGGAUGAGAAGGAAAUCAUCCGCGUUGCGAACAUGACGUCUUUCGCACUGGGUGCCUCUGUGUGGACCAACGAUUUCUCGCAGGCACAUCGCGUGGCUGAACAGAUCGAGGCUGGAAUAGUAUGGAUUGAUGGACAUCAUUUGAACGACCCGUCGUCGCCGUGGGGUGGAUUUAAGGAGAGCGGGAUUGGAAAAGAGAAUGGAGUAGAGGCCUAUGAGAGCUAUACGAAAGUGAAGAGCACAGUGAUCAAUUACGGAGUGAAGCCAGUCUGGUUUGACGAUGACAUUGAAAAUGCAAGAUAUGGAUGAGUGGCGGUCAUAUUGCAGAAUAACUUUCGCAAAGGAAGUGGACAUUUCCUGCGAAUAACUAUGGAGAUAUCUGAGAAGUAUCCAGAUCUCCAUUUGCCAGUUACACAAAAUCUAACAAAGUGACGGAAACGCCGUCCACAAGAGAUAGAUUG